AAAAGAAAAGAAAAGAAAAGCGCCUAACAUUGGGCACAAGUGUGGUAUUAGGAGAAAGCCUGAAGAGAGAGCUGGCUGGAAGUCAGUGUUUGUACAGUGGUCUGGGGCUGCUGCGGUCUGGACCUGGGGCAUCCCCACCCUUCCCCUUUUCUGUUGGAAUGCACUCCCUUUCCAACAAUAGGCAGGGAUUCCCCUCUUUUAUUGAGGACCCCCGGUGUAAAGUUGUCAGCUCUUGCCACCUGGUUUAGCCCUGUUCUGCUCAGAGACACCACAGGAGACCCUGGAGAGGCACAACGAGGGACACCAGAAGGCCGGUCCACAGCCCUCCUUCCAGUCCUACCUCUGCUUCCACUACCUGGAGGCUUGUAAUGUGCUUUCGCUGCUCAGGUGCUCCCGGUUCUAAGGUGUAAAGCUCUGAAGGAAAUGGAUUUUAUUACAACAUCUGAUUCGGACUGUUACUGCUACAAUCGAAAUUCCCAAAUGGAGUGGAAAUAUAUGUGGUCAACUAUGCAGGUGAAAAUUAACAGUUCAGGCCUGCUCAGUAUUGAAUAUAUCACAGAAAGACAUAAUUGUCAAUAUCCAGAAACCAUUCUAUCUUUUAUCAAGUGUAUGAUUCAUAAUUUUUGGACACCAAAGGAGUCUAAUGAAAUAACCAUAAUCAUCAAUCCAUAUGGAGAGACCAUGUGCUUCUCUGUGAAACCUGUCAAGAAGAUAUUUGUCUAUACAAUUAGUGUGACUCGAAACAUUGUGGAUUUCAAACUCUUCCUUGUGUUUGUGGCAGGCGUUUUCCUCUUCUUUUAUGCAAAGACGUUGAGUCAAAGUCCUAUUUUCUAUUACUCUUCUGGGACCGUGCUAGGUGUUCUAAUGACAUUAGUCUUUGUCCUGCUGCUGGUGAAAAGGUUUAUUCCUAAGUACAGCACCUUUUGGGCUCUAAUGGUCGGUUGUUGGUUUGCUUCAGUUUAUGCUGUGUGCGGAUGGAUGGAGGACCUCAAGUGGCUGUGGCAUGAAAACAGAGUAUAUGUAUUAGGCUAUGUCCUAAUGGUGGGAUUUGUCAGCUUUGCUGUUUGUUACAAACACGGGCCCCUUGUCAAUGAAAGGAGUGUAAAUCUCCUGGCGUGGACACUGCGGCUCCUUUCCCUGGUCCUGAUCUACUGCGGGGUCACCGUGCCCCAGUGCUCUUAUGCAGUCAUGGUCCUCAUCCUGUCCUUCAGGAGUCUGCGCUACCCCCUGAAAGCCUUCAGUUAUGUGAGGUGGUGCGUAUCUUUUUUGCCUUGUAAAUUGGACAUUUUGAGGUCUGGUUUUAUUUAUUGUUUUGGUAAGUUUCUUGCUCGUGUCGUAUUUCGUCUCAUGAUUAACUAUAUUUCAUCUGGGGAUUUGAGAGAGGAGGAGGCUAGAGAAUGUAGUGUCGAAUCCCAUCUCCAUCUCUCAUCUUCAUUAGUCUUUCAGGGAACUGCCCCCAGUUACUAGGUAAUUACAGCUCACCCAGAAUUCACUAAAAUCAGUGGCAAAAUUACUUACACUCUGGGUUGCCUAAAAUUUGUACUUUCAUUCUACAUUUCCUUUCAUUAGGGCCCAAGAUUGCUUUAAAGGUAUUUGUUGUGCUUAUGAAAUAGAACUAGAAAAAUGAUUGAAAAGUACUAUUUAUGCUUAGGACUUUUUUUUAGGUUUUAAGCUAAGGCUUAAGCCCUUUAAAAAUACAGAAAGAUGAGGGAACUUCACUGCCACAGCUGUAUUAUGUCUGCCCUUAGUCAUCGAGUCCAGACACCUUUUUUUGAGUCGGGUGCACAAACGGAGGGACAGUUUCUCCCCCUGAGGCGUGCUCGUCGAGACAGCAGCUUACAGUUCUGUGUCUUUGAAGUGUUAAGAUAUACCUGAUCAGGGACUACGGCACAUAGAGAGGGUUCCCGGGAGUGCCUGAAGAAGAAAUUACUAGGCUGAAUCUUCAUGAAUUAAAACAGCGAGGUGAGUAAAUGUGGAAAGGACUUUCCUGACAGGGAGAUGGCCCGGUCUGGUAGCAUCAUGAGGCUGGCGAGCGCGGUGGGCAUCGGCAACGCUGUGGAGGCAUCACAGGCCGUGCUAAGGAGUCUCGUCUGGGUCUGAGGUAGUGGAGGCCAGAAGCCAUCAUGCAUUUCAGUCAGCGCUCUCUGCCUGCUGCUUGGACCAGAGUCAUGAAUCCAGUGGCUUUGGGCUGGAACCGAGGGGGCGAUGCUGAGCAGGGGUCAGGCGCUGGGGCGCGCCUGAGGACUGUGGGAAGUUCUACAGUGCAGCCUCCUCAGAAAGGGGGCAGUCACUACUCAGCUUGAGCUGACUGUUGCCAUGAAGGAGUACGGGCCCUGCCUUGCCAGAUCUUCUGUUUUUUGUUUUUUAGAAAAGCUGGGAAUAUGGAUUUGAAUGUGAAUUCUUAUGUUUAAAUGUUGGCAACUACUCUGGAAAUAAAAAUACAUUCAGCAGUCAGGAUCAAAGCGGAGACCGUGAACCUCCCUGGGUGGCAGGAUGUGGCCCAGCUGCCUCUGGCAUAGGGGCUGUGUGUAACCGGGAGGCCCCGAGGUAGUGACGUCACAGCCAAGCAUGCCAGAGGUGAUGAGGGCCUAGAAUCAGGCAGUGAGGGAGUUAAUAAAUAUUUAUGAGGCCAACCUAGCCGAGAGGAAGGAGACUCUGGUAAGCGGCAGUUUACGGAUCUGGGACUGCGUAUGUAACCGUGUCACCGUGUUAAGCACGUACCAGUGACAGGACAGGGCCCUCGUGCAGACAACGCUGGCAAGGCCGGAAGGCAGCAGGGCCUGGUCGGAGGGGCUGCUGCUGGCUGCUGCUGCUCCUGGUCCUGCCUCAGAGGCUGACGUGACUGGGAUUCCCAGAGGUCCCUCUGCCGGGAGGAGGCUGGCCAGUCCACAUUUCCCAGGCCUCCAGCCCUUUGCCAGGCUUGCGGCUUGAGGAACCCAAGACAGAAUUUGGGCCUCUUUCCCCUCGAACAUCCAGUUGCCACGCCAAGUGUGAAGUGUGUUCUGUUAUCUGCAUGAUGGUCCUGCGCACUUGCACACUCUGUUAACGUAAGCCUAAUACGAUGUUCUGUGAUUUCCUUAGCUUCUCAUUUUGCCGGUGAAUAAUUAUGUGAGGAACAACAGGAUAAAACAGGAACAUACGGGUUAACUAACAAACCAGAGAAAUGAUACCUUGAUUUGUACAGUAGUUUAGUUUUACAAAGAGCUGUUUGAAUAUGCCCUAGUGUAGGGUCGCUACUCUCUCAGUCAUCCUUGUUGAAGUCUCACUAGAGGCCACUCACUGUGCUAAGCCCUUUACACAGAAUACCUCAUUUCAUCCCCACAGUGACCUGUGAGGUCGACGUUACUGCUUUCACUUUGUUCUUAUGUGCAAAGCGAGGCUCAGAGUGGCUAAGGAAUUGCUUCUGUUGACUCUGGGGAUAAACCUCAAAGCCAGAGUCGUGCCCUAGUCUUCUGCUCAGAGGCCAGAGGUUUUCCUCGAGGGAGACCGGACUGGUAUUCAGAAAAAGAGAAGGAAUAAUGUCAGCCGUGCCCUGAUCUGACCCUUCACCACCACACAGUCUUCAAAAGUUUAAAGGUUUUUCAGGUCCCAACCCUCAAGUGGAUAUCUGUUUAAACCACCUCCUGAUAAUUCUUAUACUCAUCCAGAUUUGGGACUCUCUGGUUAAAUUAAAUU